AUGACGGAAACAGUCCUGGUGAGGUGUGUGCUUCCUGGGCGCCCUCCUGCUGAGAAGACCUACACCUUUGAAAGAGUGUACGGCCCAGCAGAACCUCAGGCAGCGGUGUUUGGAGAUGUGCGCCCCCUCCUCAUAUCCCUUCUGGAUGGGUAUAAUGUAUGCAUUAUGGCAUAUGGACAGACUGGAAGUGGGAAAAGCUACACCAUGUUGGGGCCCCACUCUGAGGAUGACUCUGCGCUGCUAUCGGGUGCUCGUGACGACUUGGGGAUCAUCCCCAGAGCAGCUGAGGAACUCUUCAGGCUCAUGUCAGAAAACCCUUCAAGAAGCCCAAAGGUUGAUGUUUCCAUAGUAGAAAUUUAUAACAACAACAUUUUUGACCUUCUGGCCAAAGACGGUUCUACAGUGAUGUCUGGGGCUAAGUGCCAGGCAGUGACAACUCAGGAGGGACGUUCAGAGGGACCCAAGCUGACCUGCAGGUCUGUCACCAGUGCCGUGGAGUUUGUGGGGCUCAUCCACAGAGGCGUGAAACUCAGAGUGCAGCACCCCACCCUGGUACACCAGAACUCUUCCCGAUCUCAUCUGGUUGUCAUGGCAACGCUGACCACAGCUUCCUCCUUGGGCAGCAGUGCCCCACAGUCCAGCCAGGCUUCCCUCCAGAAGAAAGCAGGGGCAGGGAAUUGGUGGACUGCCCAUCCCCGGGCUUCAUCUCCGCGCACUGUUCCAGUGGAGUCUGCAGACCAAUCUGAGCAGGUGCUGGCCAAGCUGCAGCUUGUGGACUUGGCCGGCAGUGAGUGUGCAGCGGUGUCUGGGGUGACUGGUUUGGCACUGAAGGAGACCUCCUUCAUCAACCGGAGCCUGGCUGCCCUUGCAGAUGUGCUUGGAGCCCUGUCAGAGCACUGCGACUACAUCCCAUAUCGGAACAGCAAGCUCACGCACCUGCUCCGAGAUUCCAUCGGCGGUGAUGCAAAGUUACUGAUGAUUCUGUGUGUAUCCCCCGGGCAGAAGUACAUGGCAGAGACUCUUCGGGGCCUAAAAUUUGGGGCUCGAGCACGGCAGGUUGAGCGAAGAGCACCCAGAAGGAGACCUCGCAGCUCCCAGAUGCAGAGGUCAGGGAUGGGCCUGGCAGGGUCAGCUGCUCUUCCUUGA